GGCGGCUAGGGAUGGGCGUGGAGUCUGCUGCUUUGUGCCGCGGCCGCCCAUUGCUGGGGAUUGGGAGGCGCCUGCCGGGCUGCUCUUCAGUCCCGGCCUCCCAGCCCCUCAGAAGGAGGAAGUGGCCGCUGGUUCCCGGGCGCCUCUCCCCGCGCUGGCGGCGCCGUGCCUGCCCCUGCCCCUGCCCCUGCCCCGUCCGGACCUGUUGUUUUGAGCCGGCGCUGGCCUCCCUGAGACCCUACUCCGCGCGCCGCAGGGGCUGCCGGCCAGGAGGCGUCGGACCCUCUCCGUUGCCGAACCCAGCAGGACGAAGCUUCUGCAGCGGCCAAACGCCCCUGGAGAUCGAUGAGCUCAUGUUCCUAUGCAAACUUUUUCUCCACUGAAGAAAAAUGGAUGUGAAAUCUCGAAAUCAUUUGCUUCUGAAUCAUGAAGCAUUGGUAAGAGACAUCAAGACUUCUUACAUUAUGGAUCAUAUGAUUGCUGAUGAAGUACUAACAUUACAGGAGGAGGAGAAAGUAAAAGCCCAGACUACGCAGAAAGAACGAGCUGCUAUGCUAAUAAAAAUUAUUCUUGCAAAAGAUAAUUACUCAUACAUAUCCUUCUAUAACGCACUGCUUCAUGAAGGGUACAAAGACCUGGCCGCUCUUCUUCAGGAUGGGAUCCCUAUUAUCUCCUCUUGUAAUGGAAAUAAGUCUAUGGAUGGAGUUACUUCGUAUGUGAGGACAGUCCUCUGUGAAGGUGGAGUACCACAAAGACCAGUUGUAUUUGUUACUCGUCCAAAGCUGGUAAAAGCAAUUCAACAGAAACUGUACAACUUAAGAAAUGAACCAGGUUGGGUUACUGUUUAUGGAAUGGCAGGUUGUGGGAAGUCUGUUUUAACAGCAGAAGCACUACGGGAUCACCAUCUCUUGGAAGAUUGCUUCCCAGGAGGAGUACAUUGGAUUUCUGUUGGAAAACAAGACAAGGCGGGGCUCCUAAUGAAACUCCAAAAUCUUUGUAGUAGACUAGACCAGGACUUCUCUCUUUCACAAAGGCCGCCACUUAAUAUUGAGGAGGCUAAAGACCGCCUUCGUCUGCUGAUACUGCGCAAAUACCCCAGGUGUCUCAUGGUUCUGGAUGACAUUUGGGAUUCCUGGGUAUUAAAAGCUUUUGAUAAUCAAUGUCAAGUUCUUAUUACUAGUAGGGACAGGAGUGUGACAGACUCAGUGACUGGCAAUAAAUAUGAAGUUCCUGUGGAGAGUGGAUUAGCACAUGACAAAGGACUUGAAAUUUUAUCUCUGUUUGUUAAUAUGAAAAUAACAGAUCUGCCAGAAGAGGCUGAUAGUAUUGUAGGGGAAUGCAAAGGUUCGCCUCUUGUAGUGUCAUUGAUAGGUGCAUUAUUACGAGAUUUCCCUAAUCGUUGGGAAUAUUACCUCAGACAGCUGCAGAAUAAGCAGUUUAAAAGAAUAAGGAAAUCAUCUUCUUAUGAUUAUGAAGCACUUGAUGAAGCCAUGUCUAUGAGUGUUGAAAUGUUAAACGAAAAUUUUAAAGACUAUUAUAAAGAUCUUUCUGUCCUUCAAAAGGAUGUUAAGGUGCCGACUAAGGUGCUUUGUAUUCUUUGGGAUAUGGAGACUGAAGAAGUGGAAGAUAUACUGCAAGAAUUUGUUAAUAAAUCUCUCUUAUUUUGUGAUCGUAAUGGGAAAUCAUUCCAUUAUUAUUUGCAUGAUCUUCAACUUGACUUUCUCACAGAGAAGAAUCGCAAUCAGCUUCAGGAGCUGCAUAAAAAGAUAGUAAAUCAGUACAAGAAACAUUAUAAACUACAUAUACCUACUCCAGCUCAAGAGGACUGUAUGUACUGGUAUAACUUUCUAGCAUACCACAUGGCUAGUGCCAACAUGCAGAAUGAACUUUGUGCUCUCAUGUUUUCUCUAGAUUGGAUAAAAGCAAAAACAGAGUUGGUAGGGCCUGCCCAUUUGAUUCAUGAAUAUGUAGAAUAUAGCCAUAUAUUGGAUCAGAAGGAUAGCAGAGUACGUGAAAACUUUCAGGAAUUUCUGUCUUUAAAUGGACACCUUCUUGGAAGACAACCAUUUCCUAACAUUAUACAGUUAGGGCUGUGUCAGCCAGAGAUUUCAGAAGUGUAUCAACAAGCCAAACUGCAAGCUCAGCAAGAACUUGUUAAAGGAGCAUUUUACCUGGAAUGGUUAAAUAAAAAAUCCAUGAAGAACCUCUCCCGUUUGGUUGUCCGUCCCCAUACAGAUGCAGUUUACCAUGCCUGCUUUUCCAAGGAUGGACAGAGAAUAGCUUCUUGUGGUGCUGAUAAAACCUUGCAGGUGUUCAAAGCAAAAAGUGGAGAGAAGCUUUUGGAAAUAAAGGCUCAUGAUGAUGAAGUACUUUGUUGCGCUUUCUCUGCAGAUGACAGAUUGGUAGCAACUUGUUCAGUGGAUAAAAAAGUUAAGAUCUGGAACUCAAGAACAGGUCAGCUUGUACAGGUAUACGAAGAACAUGGAGAACAGGUCAACUGCUGCCAGUUUAAUAACACAAAUGAUCAACUUCUCUUAGCCACCUGCUCAAAUGAUACUUACAUCAAGCUGUGGGAUUUGAACAAAAAGUAUUGUCGAAAUACAAUGUUUGGUCACUUAAAUUCUGUAAGCCACUGCAGAUUUUCACCAGAUGACAAAUAUGUGGCUAGUUGCUCAUCAGAUGGAACAUUAAAGCUUUGGGAAGUGUGUUCAGCAAAUGAACUGAAAACUAUUGAUAUAAAAGACUUCUUCAGAAAUGCAGAUGAACACCAGGAUGAUGUGGAAGUGUUAGUGAAGUGUUGCUCCUGGUCAGCAAAUUGUGCUACAAUAAUGGUGGCAGCCAAAAAUCGGCUUUUACUUCUUGAUGUUAUAACCAGUGACUUGUUAGCAGAAGUCCUUAUAAGUCACCACAGUACAAUCCAGUACUGUGACUUUUGUCCUGGCAAUCAGUUGGUAGCAGUUGCUUUAUCACAUUAUUCUGUUGAGUUAUGGAAUACAGAAUCUUUUUUAAAAGUAGCUGAUUGCAGAGGACAUCUGAGUUGGAUUCACUGUGUGACAUUUUCUCCUGGUGGAUCUUUAUUUCUGACAUCGUCGGAUGACCAGACAAUUAGGAUCUGGGAGUCAAGUAAGGUGUGCAAGUCCUCUGCUCUUGUGUUAAAACGUGAACUAGAUGUCGUGUUCCAGGAUGAUGGACUGAUGGUUUUAGCAAUUCUCAAUCAGCAACAUCUACAACUAAUUGAUGGAAAUACAGGCCAUGCUGACUAUCUCACUGAAGCCCAGGAAUCUCUUAUUUGCUGCUGUUGCCUAAGUGAAGAUCUUCAAUAUGCAGCAUUUGGAGAGGAGAAUGGAACAGUAAAGGUUUUGAAAUUGUCAAAUAGAGUUUUCAAAUCUAGGACUGGACAUGAGAAAUCUGUACAACAUUGCCAGUUUACAUCUGAUGGACAAACCCUUAUUUCAAGCUCUGAUGAUUCAACUAUACAGGUGUGGAAUUGGCAAUCAGAAGAAUAUAUAUUCUUAAAAGGUCACAAGGAAGCAGUGAAGAAUUUUAGGCUUUUGGAAAAUUCAAGACUUCUUUCCUGGUCUUUUGAUGGAACAGUUAAGGUGUGGAAUAUUUGUACUGGAAUUAUAGAAGAAGAUUUUGUUUGCCAUGAAGAUGCUGUUCUUUCUUGUGCUGUUUCACCUGAUGCCACCAAGUUUUCAUCUACCUCUGCUGACAAAACUGCCAAGAUAUGGAGCUUUGAAAGCUCAUCUGUUCUUCAUGAGCUUCAUGGUCACAAAGGCUGCGUGCGGUGCUGCACUUUCUCCUUCGAUAACAAAUUCUUGGCCACUGGAGAUGACAAUGGAGAAAUAAGGAUUUGGGCUGUCUUAGGAGGUGAAUUACUUCAUCUCUGCUCCCCCGUUACUGUAGAUGAAGGAGAAUCAACACAUGGUGGCUGGGUAACAGACCUCUGUUUUUCUCCUGAGAGUAAUAUGCUUGUGUCAUGUGGAGGAUAUCUUAAGUGGUGGAAUGUAACUUCUGGCGAAUCCUUACAAACGUUCUACACAAAUGGAACAAACCUCAAGUCAAUAUAUGUGUCCCCUAGUUUCAGAGUAUAUGUGACCGUUGAUAAUCUUGGUAUUCUUUAUGUGCUGCGGAUGCUGGAAUAAAUCCAUUGAGCAGGGUGGAUAGUAAAACUCAUGCAACUGAUACAGAGAGUUUUGAGAUGGAAACAAAAUUCCGCUAAUCUAUUUGACAUUCAUUAAACUGUGAAGUGUUUUUCAGUAUUGCAUUUAUGAAAUGUUUGUAUGUAUAAUAUUAUGUAAAUUUUUGCAAAUGAGCAUGUAUUUAAUCUUGUUUUUGAUCAGCAUUAUUAUUAUUAACGAUUUGUCCUUAAAUUUUGAUUUGCAUACUAAGUAUGCACCUUAUUACACUGUUGGUAAAAUUAUAUUACGUUUUAUUCAGAUAGGGUGAGAUAAUUGUUAGCAGAAGACAUAAUAGGAGUAUAAUACAUGGAAAUCAUAGUUUGUAGAAGUCUGGUGGCAAAUGUUUUCAGGUCAUGAAUGUGACUGACUGUAAAAUACCAAAAAUUAUGAUCUUUUACUAUGCAUGUGUGACAUUGUUUUAAUGAAUACUGAAUGGAAAGAAUUAAUGACUUCAUUAGAAUUUCAUUUUUCAGUACAAACUUGGUGGUAUUUGAGGAAUAUAAAAAUAUUUUAGAGAAGAAUCAAGUAGCUCUCCCGCUGGUACAGCAGCACUGCUUUGUACUACUGUAUCGAACUAUCAUGCUUUCCAGACUUAUGGAGAUGAGGUGCAUUAUAUAGAAGGGUAGUGAGUUUGGCUUGCAUAGGGAGAAGAUAAUUUGCUGCAGCUCCCUUUAGGCACACACUCAAAGGGCGUUGUAAUUGCAUUGGUGGAGAUUAUGUACUCGUUUUCUAGUCGGAGGAAAGAUAUGAUAGCCAGCUAAACUGAGAAUGGAACUGGGUCAAAAGGCUUUUGUUCAGAAAUACUGGUGUCUCUCGUGUGACUAAAAAUACAGAAUUUUUCCUUUUGUUUAAGUUUAGUUUUCACUCCAGUUUGUGCCAUGAAGAUGAUAAUGUGUGCUAUCCUGGUCAGCUUUGUUUACAGGGGAUCCUCUGCAGAGGAAUCUUUUUUGCCCCCAAAGUAUGUGAUUUUUUUAACAUAUUUUUUGAUCCUGUAAAAGCUAUACUGUGUCUGAGAUAUUCUACACUAGCUGCCUUUUUUCUUAACUUAGAUUUUGUGGCUAAUUAAAUAACAAACUAUUUCUAAUCAAACUUAAAGUAAGCCUUGUUCUAGUAGGUUGAUUCUGACUGUUAGUUAACUUGCUCAGGCAGUAAUAACUGUGAUUUCCAUAUCUUGCAAUUAAUUGCAAAAACCUUUUUAAUGUCAGUAUUUGGAUGUUUAACAUGUUAGUGUCUUUAUCAAUUCUCAAUUUCAGUAAUUGUUCAUCUUGUAUUUCAGAAUAAAUUUUAAAAUAUUGGUGUUUUUUCUAUGACAACCAAACUUUUUCAUUUCUUCAUCUAUAAUCUUCUGCAAUUAGACUGUAUUAAAGCAAUAUUGGAUACGGGUAAUGUAGUGAAGUUAUACAGUCAGAUGUAAAAAAAUGUAAUUAAAAAUAAAUGUAAGAA